AUAUCAUUCAUAAUGCACGAUUGAUCAUAAAUUCAAUAAAGACACAAGCAGUAUCUUAAUUACAUCGUUCUUAAUUAAAUAUCAUAUAACUGCGAUUUCCAUGAUAAUCUCGUUAUGACGCAAAUUGGAAUAAUUAAUAUUAUUCACAGCUGUGUACAUACUUCGAUACAUAUAUAAAUUGUACCGUACGCAUUAGUCAUUACUGUGCUUCCCGAAGUUUGUCAGGCGCGGUGUGAAAGCAGACCUACCACAAUGAAACAACUGUCGUGUAUCCUGAUCGCAUUGGCGAUCGUAGGUGUUUACGGCGAUGAACCAGACAAGUUAGUAAAUGGAAUACCGGCGAACAUAAACGACUAUCCGCAUUGUAUUUCCAUGAGGAUGAACGGCAACCAUAUGUGCGGUGGUAGCCUAAUUGAUAAGCAAUACGUUCUAACUGCCGCGCAUUGCCUAGUGUCUUUAAAGCAGAACCCCUCUCUAUUGAAAUCUGUGACCGUUUUUACUGGCACGACCUAUCUCAAUUCGGGUGGACAGGCUCAUAAAAUAGCUAAUGUGUGGUACCAUGAAAGUUACGACCCCAACUUCCCUUCGGGUAGAGGACCUUACGAUAUCGGUUUGAUAAAGCUGGCUGCGCCCGUUCAGUUUGGACCAACACAACAGCCAAUUAAACUCCCAACGAGAAAUAUAGCUAAGGAUGAUAGCGUUACAAUUGCAGCAUGGGGUUCUACGGGUUUCAGAAAAGCCAUACACAACAACUUGCAAAAAUUGCACGCGAAAGCCAUGCUUCCAGACUUAUGCCAGCAAUAUCAUAAAAACUCUAUGCCCAUUCACUCAUCGAAUGAAUUCUGUACCCUUAUCACCUACGGAACUGGAUUGUGCAAUGGUGACAGUGGUAGUGGACUGAUUCGUGACACCGACAAUACUAUUGUCGGUCUGGUGUCUGGUGGAAGACCGUGCGCCUUGGGUUAUCCAGAUGUAUACACUAACGUUUACUCUUACAUUUCUUGGAUCAAACAAAAAAUGAAUUCCUACUAACAUUCUUCAUUAUGUAUUGCAUACUCCUAAUAUUUAAUAAAGACUAUUGAGCAAAUGUAUAUCUUUUAUAUUAUUAUUAACUUGCACUAUUUGUAUAGC